AUGCGGGACAAGGGUGAGGUGGAAGUCCUUGACGACGUCAACGACCUGGUUGACGACGAGCUCGUCGUCAACCCCUUCUACGCCGAAGUCCCCAUGCCGGCCGAGGUGCUGCAGGCGGCGGCAGAGGAGGCUGACGCCGCUGAGGAGGACGCGGAAGCGGCGGCGGCAGAGGAGGAGGGGGGCGUGCUUGAGGAAGGCGGGGAGGCAGAAGAGCCCAGCGAUGACGAAUGGUGGCGCCCUGGCCGCUUUGACGGGGAAGACUUCUAG